UCAAUUUUAUCUUAAAAGAUGCAAAGCAGCACUUUUGACUGGUGAUUGUGCCUGCUUUUACCAAAUCGGAAAAGUACGGAGUUCUGAUUGGCUAAAAGGGACAUUGUUUUSCACCAAAGCAGUGUUACAUCAACAACUGUUCUGCUUUGUUGCAGAAAUGAGGUAACUUCUGCACUAAAAACAAAGCAUYCYCACCAAUAUCACUGUUUUAUUCACGAUUGUACUCGAGGGAAAGAUGAAGGACAUUGGAAAAGUUUUCUUCUGCCUUUGCMUUGUCRCUACAUUCGCCCAGUCCCAGGCAGGCCAAUAUUGUGGCAAACAUGGCGACCAAGAAUUUUUUUGYGACAAAGGCCAUUGCUGUGGGGAUUUCAAGUGCUGUACCUACUAUAGAUAUUAUGAAAUGUGGUGGUUUUGGCUUAUCUGGUGUAUCAUCAUAUUGCUUGGYUGUUCGUGUGCAUACUACAGAAGAAGAAGCCACGCUGGGCCUUACAGUCAUUUGACUAGUUUCUUCUUCCCCACGCCACCUAUACGRACCAGUACAACAGUAACAACAAUCACAACAGAAAAUGAACCUACAUUUAAGCUUCCUUCAUAUGAAGAAGCUAUAGCUAUGCCACAGUUAGGUCCCCCCAAUGACAAUGAAGGUGCACCACCUCCGUAUGUAUGUCAUGUAGAAAAUCCACUGAAUGAUGAGACACAGUUAAACUGUCAUGAGCAGCAUUCUAUAGAUAUGGUUGCAACACAAAAUGCAGGAACAACUGUUAUGCAGACUGAGCAAAAUCCCAACUCUUCCAGUACUUGAGUGAACAGUAGGAUUGUUUGAUUUAGGGAGAAAAUAUGCUGACAAAGAGACAACUGCCAGAAUAACAGUGCAGAUAGCCUACUUUCGAUCAGACUGAUUUCAUAAGUUGAUCCCAGUUCGCUCUCUGUUMGAGUUUUUGUAKUUUCGUCACAAAYYRAGGRACRAAUUAUGGAAUCAGUCUAACUUUCGAUAUUCUGGUUGAAUAGUUAUGCACAAAAGAACUGAAGAUGUAGCUUUGGAAAAAUAAAAAUACAAACUAUAUUUCUCACAAACCUGCUUGUCAAUUCUUUUGUGCAAUGUUAAACAAAAAGUCAACAAAAAUUUAAAAAGAGAGAUAUUGUAUAAAGCUAGCAGACUAAAAUUCAAUACUAAAUAGCAGUAAAGUGCAUUCCUUAUAAGGCAAACACUAAAAGUGUGUAUGCUGCUAAAUAGUGCGAAAUAGGCAAUAAAAAACAAAGGAAUUUGCAUAAGUAGGUACAAUUUAGCACUAUAUAAUUGAGAGUCAACUAUUUCAUGGUUCUAGUGUUUGCAUUUCAUAUUUGUGAAAAACUUGUAAGGAAUUGUACAAAGUUGAAAURAUUUAAAGAUAGGAAACAGUUAUUUCCACUCAUUUGAACCAAUUUAUUAGAAACCAUCUUGUAGAUAUGGCGAAUGCAAACUAUGCAUUUGUUUCAUAGUUAUAUAGCACCUAAUCUAAGCACCUAUAGAGUUCUACACAUGUAUAUUAACUUUGACU